AUGCCUCGAUCCCGGUACCCCUUCGACGUUGAAAAUAUGGAAGAAGAGGGUGAUUUCGGUGGGGAAGUCAGUGUUGUCGAUGUCUAUGAUAUUGCUUCCGAUAUUGGCAAAGAAUGCGAAAAAAUCAUUGAUCAAUACGGUGCUGAUGCUGUGACUUCGUUAAUGCCCAAAGUUAUUAACGCCUUAGAAUUGCUCGAAAAUCUGGCCACACGCAACGAACGCGAAAACACACAAUUGCAUGAGCUUCGACUGAAAAUAGCACAAUUGGAAAAUGACAAGUUGGAAAAGGCGGAAUAUCGGCAAAAAUUUGAAAAAGAACUGGAAGCCAUUGAAGAACAAUGGCGUUCUGAAACCAAAGAAUUGCUUUCUGUGGUCACACGUCUCCAGGAGGAAAACCGGCGAUUGGCCAAAGACAACUCCACGUCUCCCCAUCGACAGGUGCCCCCCUUGUCGCCGCCGCCUAACGGCGACAUGUUACAGAAGCUGAAAGACAGUGUGGAGAAACAACGCGAUGAAAUCCGCCUCAAAGACAAUCUCCUACAAGAGAAAUGCCACGAUAUUGAAAAUUUGAAAUCGCAAGUUGAACGUCUGAACAACACGAGUCGAGAGCUUCGCCGCAAACAUAAGUUAUUCCAAAGCCAAGUGCGCACGUUAUGCGACGAAAGGGCCGAUUUUCUCGUCCAACUUCAAGACCAACAACGAGAUAUCGUCGGGUUGAGGCAAAGAUUGGGUUUGGCGCAGAAGGAAAACGAAGAUCUUGCAAAAUGUGAUCCCCCGGUUCCGGUUAACAAAGCCGUCUAUGAUUUGGACGAUCCGAACCGGCCGAGGUUCACUACUCAGGAGCUUAAAGACAUAUUACACGAACGGAACGAACUCAAAGCGCGUGUUAGUGACUUGGAGGACGAACUCGAGACGUACAGACCGAAAAACAAGUCGGAAAGUCCGGUUGAGGAGGAUGCGCCUGUUCAAGGGCCUCUGCCGUAUGAGCCCGACGACGCCCCCUGGAAGAAGUGUUCAGAGUCGGGGAUUAGGAAAUUUUUUCGCAAGAUCUUUUCCGAAAGCAGCAGUGGGAGUAGUUUUCCUCGGCGUAGCUUAUCGACCUUGUCGAAGAUGGCUUUAUCGGCUACUAACGAACCAGUUCCAGUUUAACGACGAUUUUUUUCCAAAAUUCGAAAUUGAUUUGGCUGGUAACGUGCAGCACUCAUUGUGAUAGUUUUAGAGGUUUUUUUUUAACCGAGAAAUUAUUGUGGACCACUUUUUUUUUACUAGUCAAUUGCGAAUAUUUGCACAUAUCUUAUGCUUCCAGUUUGAUUUCCGACAGUAUUUUAGCGCGUAGAAAAGAACCAAGCGAAUUGUGGUAUUAGGGUCCCCUCCCUAUUUUUUUACUUUUUUUAUUAUCGUAAAGCAGUGUUGGCGAACCUGCAGGAAAUUAAGAAAAAAUAAAAUUCUAGUUUAAGUUCGAAACACCGUUCCCUCCAUAUCGAAUGACACUGAAUCAUAAAACUGUAAGGUAUUUUUUUUAAUCGAGUAUUUCCCCGAACUAGCUUUCUUCGUUGUGCAACUGUUAAAGAAGAAACUUUUUUGCGUUUCUUUUUGUGCGAAAUCUAACGAGAAACUGGAUUGUUUCACACAAUUUCCUCAAAAAUAAUUCGAAAAAUCAUUAUUCAAUUAUUUAAAAAAUAGCCUGAUUUGUUUUUAAAGUGAUUAAUUUGGGUCGAAAUUUCUUUAAAACCGUCUAAAAAAUCGCCAAAAUAAGCCGAAAAUAACAUUUUUAUCGUUUUACAACCAGCAACACAUCCGAGAAAUCAUGAAAUUUGGUUCAAACGUCGUUAUUCUUGCUUUUUUUGAGCUAAAAACUCAGUUUUUUUUGGAAGAUUUUAUGAAAUUUUUCGAAAUUUUUUUUAAAAACUGGUGCAAAUUCGCCUCUAGGUAAAUUUAAUUUUUUUGGCUUGUUUUACUCGAUUUUUUGUUUGAUUUUUAACUAGAGGACACGUGUAAGACACGCCUAAAAACCAUAAAAAUCAAAAUGAAAUUAUUUUAUUUCCUUUGAUUUAGCGCGACAUUAAACAAAAUUUGAUCAAAAAUUACCUUGAAAACCAAAAAAUUUGAUCAAAAAUAGUGUUUCGUUUACUUUUUUGUAAACUUUCGAAAACUAUUUUUGUAGAUUUCGCUUAAGCAAACCAAAAAAUCAUCAAGAACUAUUAUUAUUUUUGCUUUUUGGAGCGUUAUUAGUAGCCAGCAGAACAAAUAUUUCGCUAAAAUUUAAUAAAAACCACCUAAAAUGUCGCCAAAUUCGUCCAUGAAUGGUGCUAUUUUCGCUUUUUUUUUUUUUCGAAAAAUUUUGCUUAAACUUGGUGAGAAAUCACAAAAUUGGGCUGAAUUUAGUUUGUUUUAACUUGGAACUUCUUUUAUUUGCAAAAUCUUAAUGUUAUUUUAUGUGUUUUAAUUAGAAUGAUUCGUUUUUGAGCGAAAUUUCGUAAAAAAUAAAGCGAAAAAACACAAAAAUUAGCCGAAACAGCACAAAAAUUUUCCGAAAGCAGCGUUAUUUUUAGUUUUUUCGAAUUUCCAAAAACGUUUUUACACUUAACUUUUCAGACUUCUUGUGAGAUUUUGUUAAGUAGACCAAAAAAAUUCUUUAAAAACUAUUAUUUUUGCUUUUUGGAGCGUUAUUAGUAGCCAGCAGAACAAAUAUUUCGCUAAAAUUUAAUAAAAACCACCUAAAAUGUCGCCAAAUUCGUCCAUGAAUGGUGCUAUUUUCGCUUUUUUUUUUUUUCGAAAAAUUUUGCUUAAACUUGGUGAGAAAUCACAAAAUUGGGCUGAAUUUAGUUUGUUUUAACUUGGAACUUCUUUUAUUUGCAAAAUCUUAAUGUUAUUUUAUGUGUUUUAAUUAGAAUGAUUCGUUUUUGAGCGAAAUUUCGUAAAAAAUAAAGCGAAAAAACACAAAAAUUAGCCGAAACAGCACAAAAAUUUUCCGAAAGCAGCGUUAUUUUUAGUUUUUUCGAAUUUCCAAAAACGUUUUUACACUUAACUUUUCAGACUUCUUGUGAGAUUUUGUUAAGUAGACCAAAAAAAUUCUUUAAAAACUAUUAUUUUUGCUUUUUGGAGCGUUAUUAGUAGCCAGCAGAACAAAUAUUUCGCUAAAAUUUAAUAAAAACCACCUAAAAUGUCGCCAAAUUCGUCCAUGAAUGGUGCUAUUUUCGCUUUUUUUUUUCGAAAAAUUUUGCUUAAACUUGGUGAGAAAUCACAAAAUUGGGCUGAAUUUAGUUUGUUUUAACUUGGAACUUCUUUUAUUUGCAAAAUCUUAAUGUUAUUUUAUGUGUUUUAAUUAGAAUGAUUCGUUUUUGAGCGAAAUUUCGUAAAAAAUUAAGCGAAAAAACACAAAAGUUAGCCGAAACAGCACAAAAAUUUUCCGAAAGCAGCGUUAUUUUUAGUUUUUUCGAAUUUCCAAAAACGUUUUUGAACUUACUUUUCAGACUUCUUGUGAGAUUUUGUUAAGUAGACCAAAAAAAUUCUUUAAAAACUAUUAUUUUUGCUUUUUGGAACGCUAUUAGUUAUCCGUUUUGCAGCCAACCAUAAACACAAUUAUUUCGCAAAAUUUUUUUAAAAAUAAAACUAAAAUUUCACCAAAUUCAUUCAAAAAAGAUGUUAUAUUUCUGCCUUUUUUGAAAAAUUUCGCUUAAACUGCUCGAAAAAUCACGAAAUUGGGUCGAAAUUCAUUUUAUUUCGACUUGUUUGGCUUGAUUUAGUUUACAAAAUAUUAAUGUUAUUUUAUGUGUUUUACUCAGAAUGUUUCGUUUUUGAGUGAAAUUAGGCCAAAAAUAAUGCGAAAAACCACAAAAAUUAGCCGAAACAACACAAAAUUUGUUCGAAAUUAGCGUUAUUUUUACUUGUUUAAAAAUUUUAAAUAUGUUUUGGACAAAAUUUUCAGACUGAUUAAGCAGAUCCAACAAUCUUCAAAUUAGGCCGAGGACUACAUUAUUUUUGCUUUUUUGAGUGUCUUUAUGUUCUACAGUCAGCUACACAAGUGUUUUGCAAAACUUCGUUGAAAACAACUAAAUAUUUCACCAAAUUCUGACGAAUAUUAGCGUUAAUCUUAAGGUUUUUUCGAAAAUUUUCGAUAAAACCAACUAAAGAAUUAAUGCUGAUUGGUUUGCUUGACUCGAUUUAACUGGUUUUUGAGCAAAACUUCCUUAAAAAUAGACCGAAAAACCAAAAAGUUUGGUCGAAAUUAAUUUUUUAAAUUCGUUUUCUCAGACUUUUUGUGAGAUUUUACUUUUUUUAUUUUUGUUUUAUUUGUUUUAUUUUUGCAUACUAAAAAAAUCAACCAAAUUCGACCAAGAAAUAUUAUUUUUGGUUUAUUCAACAAAGGUUUUUUGAAAAUCAACAAAUUAAACCGAAGAUCAUGGUAUUUUAGCUCUUUUUACUCGUGGUAACUCAUUUAAAAAAAUACGACGGAAGCCGAAAAACAAAACAAAAAUCGUCGAAAGUGUGUUACACUUAAGUUUUUAAACUUUUAAACACAUUUUUGAAUAAGACCACCAAAAAAUUCACCACUAACUCAAAAACUUAUACCUAAUAUUAUUUCUUGUUUGGGCAUUUUUGUGCGUUUUACAGCCAGCAAUGCUAUUAUUAUUUAGUUUGGCAACACUGAUCAGAGGGUUCGCCACUGCUGCCUGAUUAAAAGAUAUUUAAUUAAUUUAAAAUGAAUCUCUAUAUUAAUAGUGGCAUAUUGUUGAUUAACUAAUUAUGUUGAUUACUUAUUAAAAUUUAAAGAUAUUGAUGAUUAACAUUUAUUUUAGAUAAAAAAUGGAAAUAUUGACUAACACGACAAUUUUUAAAUGAUUUACGUUUACUAAUGCUCUGUUUGAUAUAAAUACGUUGUAGAAGUGCCAAAUACAUUGAAUGAAAAAACCUCA